UUAUUAAGUGCCCUCUCUCUUUCUCAGAGUGAUAGUACACUUUGUUGGCAACUCUGUAAUUUGUUUUUUGUUACUGACUCAGCUGGGCGUUAUUAGUAAUUUUUUGGAAUUGUAUUAUAAUUUCUAUUUACUCGCCAUCUUAACAAUUUUCAGUUUUCAUUCCAUUUUUUAAUCCUACCUUGUGAAUAAUUUCAAAUCAUCUUUCUGUGACCUACUGAAAUUUCAAGAAUCGACAAUGUCUUCUCGCAAAACCGUUAGCCGUCGAGGGACCUCCAAGAAACGUGCCCAGAGAGCUACUUCAAAUGUUUUUGCAAUGUUUGACCAGGCGCAGAUUGCAGAGUUUAAAGAGGCCUUCAACAUGAUCGACCAAAACCAUGAUGGCUUUGUUGACAAGGAAGACUUGCACGACAUGUUGGCAUCGUUAGGAAAGAAUCCAAAUGACGAUUACUUGGACGGCAUGAUGAAUGAAGCUCCUGGACCAAUAAACUUCACCAUGUUUCUAACCCUGUUUGGAGAACGUCUUCAAGGUACCGAUCCUGAGGAUGUCAUCAAAAACGCCUUUGGAUGUUUUGACGAAGAUAAUAACGGGGUGAUCAACGAAGAACGUCUCAGAGAACUGUUGACUUCUAUGGGUGACCGAUUCACGGAUGAUGAAGUCGACGAAAUGUAUCGGGAAGCUCCCAUCAAAAAUGGUCUGUUUGAUUACGUUGAGUUUACUCGUAUUUUAAAGCACGGUGCCAAGGAUAAGGACGAGCAGUAGGAAGUCGAUUGUGGGAAACGAGCUGACAUUCUGUAAUUUCAUAAUGAGACCUCAAGGCCCCAAAUUGUGAGAGCGCCGGCUGGUGGCUUUAAUGUUUUCAUUAAAAAAAAAUUCUGUCUCUUAGCUUGUUCAAGGAAUCUAGCGCUUGGAGAGUUAGAUGGGUUUGAGACCUGUCCUCUUUAUAACUUUAUAUUCUUGUUAUUUGGUGAAAAUAUAUUUAGUCGGGGCAUUUUAAGUUAUUAUUCUAAUGAAUCAAUUCCUUUAUGAAACUUUUGUACCUUUAUAAUCGAUUAUAUUAUAUUCAAUUAAG